UUUUAUCUCUCUUACUUACUAAUUCUCUCUCUCAUUACAGUACAAUAACUCAAGUAUAAAACCCUCUUUAUCCUUUCUCCCAUUAAACUCAUCAUGAACUCCCAAAAAACAAUUAAGAUAACAUUUGAUAAAUAGGUAUCUCACUAUUUAUUUUAUUUUAGUUAUCCCUUUUUCUCAACCAUCUCUCGUUUGCCUUAAUUCAUUUUAUGGCAAUUGCCACAACCAUGAACCUUACUAAUGCAGUCAGUAUUAAUAACAACAACAAUUGUUUAAACAACGAUGAAAAACAACAACAAAAUCAUCAACAACAACAACAACAAGACGACGAUGAUGAACACGACCACGAUACAGUCAUGCCCGGGUUUAGAUUCCACCCGACUGAAGAAGAACUUGUUGAGUUCUACCUUCGCCGUAAGGUUGAGGGCAAGAAAUUUAAUGUUGAGCUUAUCACUUUUCUUGAUCUUUAUCGCUAUGACCCUUGGGAACUUCCUGCUUUGGCAGCUAUUGGGGAAAAAGAAUGGUUCUUCUAUGUGCCAAGAGAUAGGAAGUACAGAAAUGGGGACCGACCCAAUAGAGUGACCACUUCCGGGUACUGGAAGGCAACUGGUGCGGAUCGGAUGAUCCGAGGAGAUCAAAACAAUCGGCCCAUUGGGCUUAAGAAAACACUGGUAUUUUACUCCGGUAAAGCACCUAAGGGCAUCCGUACUAGCUGGAUUAUGAAUGAAUACCGUCUUCCUCACCAUGAAACCGAACGUUAUCAAAAGGCGGAGAUAUCGUUGUGUAGGGUGUAUAAAAGAGCGGGAGUAGAAGAUCAUCCAUUGGUACCAAGAGGGAAUAUCCCGUCGAGAUUGUCGUCAUCGUCAAAAGCGACAUCUUCUGCGUCAUCGGAGAGAAAGAACUACCAUAAUGCAUUUAGAGCACAAACUACGAGUUUACAACAACAAAUGGAACAUUAUAACCAACAGCAUCAAUCGGGUGUGGCUGGCUUUCAGUUGGAGAAAGUGAAUGAGAUGGAUGCUAGUAGUAGCACUGAAGUAGGGACUGCACUUGGACUUUCCCAUCCUACUUCUUAUAGUGAAGUAAGUCCGUUAAUACAGCCACAACCACACCAACAAUCGCAACCUCUGCGCCCUCCUUUUCUAGAAGUUAAUAGGAUGAUGCAUUUAUUAAAUGAUCAUCCUAACUUGAAACAACAAGUUGUUGGUAGUGGCAGUAAUGGCGGUGGUGGCAAUAGGGAUGGUGGUAUCAGAGGAGGACAUUGCGUAAUUACAUCAAUGCCCUCUUCUGCUACUCAAUUUCAACAUCAACAUUAUCAGCAACCACAAGUUAAUACAGAAGAUAUUCAAAGAUUAGUUGAAUAUCAACAAGCUUGCAUAAAUCACCAUUUUCAACAACAGCAGCAGCAACAACAACAACAACAUCACCAUCAACAACAAUUUCAAUUUGAAUCACUCACUAAUAGUAGCAAUCCCAACAACACUGGUAAUAGUACAAAUAAUAUGCCAUUUUUAUUUUCCAACUAUCUAUUUUCACCGGCUCAAACAACACUAGUUAACAACCCUCCAACAACACCAACACCAACUGCAACUGCGGUCGAUGGCGAAAGCUCGACUAGUCUGCAAUUGCCUCCGGUUACCGGAGCUGGUAUUGGAGGUGGCCAUCCUUUUCAUGAGCGUUCAAUAUGGGAUUGGAAUUUAUACUCGGAGCCAAAUACUAGAGAUCACUUUAGUAACCUUUUCAAGUAACUUUUCAUUCAACUCCUUCUUUUUCAUAGUACGAUCAUAUAUUAUAUUACAUGAAGAGAUACAUAGAUAUAAGAUUGUAAGUGGAAUGGUACGGUAGCUACUAUAUAAUUAGCUAUAUUAUUUAAAUUAAUUAUGAGAUUUUAUGACUA